AUGGCUAAUGCAGACUGGGGUGGGCAUUCUGGAAGCCGCCUAGGCUUGGACAUUGGUGGAACGCUGGCGAAGCUUGUGUUCUUCGAAUCGGAAGUUUGUCCAUCUUGGUGCACUGGCCGGUUUGCCGAAGUCAUCAAAGGCUUGGGCAAAUCAAAAUCCGAGAAUCCGGCGAGCGCUGACUAUGGUUUCAGCAGGCAAGGAUCGUUCUGGGGCGAGCAGGAGAACGAGCUGUGCUUCUAUGAUGAGGAGCUACAAGGCUAUUUCCAUUUCUUGUGCUUCCGCUCUGAGCAGAUGGAGCGGUUUGUUUCACUGAUAGCGGCACAAGAACUGCAUCACGACAUCGAUGAGAUUUUUACAACAGGAGGUGGUGCUUACAAGUACGCGGCAUUGUUCUCUGAACAUUUGGGAAUUACUCUCAAGCCUGUGGAUGAGCUAGGCGUGGUUGUGAAAGGCAUCUCAUGGUUGCUGAAGAGACCGAUUUCGGAUGAGGUUUGCUGGCUGGGAGAGGAGGAGAAUCGGACGAACAAAACUUUUGAGUCUGAGUGUCACUUCAUCGAUUCCUCCACGAAUCAUUUGUUUCCGUUCAUUUUGGUAAACAUUGGGUCUGGAGUCAGCAUCGUUCGUGUCGAUGGCACAGACAAGUUUGAGAGAGUCAGUGGCUCUGCAUUGGGGGGCGGCACCUUCUGGGGUCUUUGCAACCUGCUGUGCCCGGAUUGUAAAGACUUUUCCGAGGCCAGCUGUAAGGCAGUGGAUGGAGACUCUUCAUCACUGAAUCUCACAGUUGAGGAUAUUUACGGCGGUGAUUACGAGCUUGAGGGUGGGCGCAAGCUCCCUGGCAGUUUGGUUGCCUCGUUUUUUGCAAAGGCUGGUCGUGGAGGGAACUUGCACGAUGAUGCAGCACUUCUACAUGCACUGAUUACCAUGGUCUCGCAAAACAUUUGCCAGAUUGCUUUCUUGAAUUCCCGCAUUCAAGGAGUCACAAAAAUUGUUUUCACUGGAAACUUUCUUCGACAGAACCAGGUUGCACGACAAGUUAUUGCGACAAACAUGAGGCGGGUCACUGCCACAUCUCAGCAGGGAAAACAGUUGCAAGCUCUCUUCUUGCAGCACGAAGGCUAUUUUGGUGCUCUGGGUUCUUUUCUGCACAAUGUGGAAGGAGAUAUGAAGAGGGUUCCCACCUGCCAGCGAUUGCCAACCUUCCUCGGAAAGCUGUCCGGUCGAUCGCCCAAAAUGGCAGAGCGCAGUGCUUUCCAACCCAUCGAGUUUAUCUUCCAGCGCUUCCAGCGAUGCAUUCGAUGCUUCGGGAACAAGAAAGCCCAUCAGACUAGGAAAAGUACUGACACAAGUGCAGAGAAGUUUACUUCCGUGCCUUUUCCAAAGGAAUCGGGUCACCAGCCGAUUGCAAGAGAACAUGCCGUGUAA